CGGAUGCGCAUCACCCAAUGCACACGGCGCUUAUAUUUAUUCAUCGUCAUUUCCUGUCUUAUCUCUUUUCAUAGCCAACUCAGUCUAUUUUCACAUGCGUGAGAAUUCCUCGCAAUUAACCACUCUGCAUCAUGUCGCACACCGAUGAAACGCUGCAGAUACCCAUAGCCACCUCACCUAUUCCAUCAACACUGUCGCCAUCAGCCUCAUCUCAGCGUCUUCAUUCGCAUCAUAGCCCAAGUCGUUUGUCUAGAGAUCAUGUCGUUGUCUUCUCUGGCGGCAGCGCAGCCAACAGUCUUGUCGAUGUCUUUGAGCGUGUUCGCCGCGCCAAUCGCAGCACAUUGAGUUACGUUAUCCCCAUUUCCGACAACGGCGGUAGCACAAGUGAAAUUAUUAGAGUUUUUGGCGGUCCUGGCAUUGGCGAUGUCAGAUCGCGUCUUGUCCGUCUCAUCCCCGACGACGGCAAUGCGGAAACAGUCGCUAUUAAACACUUCUUCAACCACCGUUUACCAAAGUCAUACACCGAGGCCAAAGCAGAAUGGUAUGAUAUAGUGGAAGGAACCCAUCGCCUCUGGGCCGACUUUUCCUCACCCAAGCGAGAGCUUAUCCGGUCAUAUCUCAACAGCUUCAACAUCGAAGUGGUCAAGCGCAUGCGCCCUUCUAGCCGCUUCGAUUUCUCUGGUGCAAGUAUAGGAAACUUGUUCCUGACUGGAGCUCGCUUGUUCACAGGCAGCUUUGAAGCGGCAAUCUACCUGCUGAGCUCUGUCUGCAACGUCCCAGAAACGACAUCUGUCUUGCCGGCCCUCAAUACGAAUUUCGCUGUGCAUAUUGCAGCCAGCCUUCUAAAUGGUGAUGUAAUUACCGGACAAAACGACAUUUCACAUCCCAGUGCCCCGACCAAUGCGGUCCCCGUCGCUGGUGCGGGGGUUUAUACACCCGCAACACAAGAAGAAGAUACAGAACAGCACGAUGCUAUUGAAGAUGCCAACUUACCAGGCAGUCUUCCUGCGUUGAGGCGCCCAGCUAUUGUAUUUUCCAAAGAUCAAGAAGAAGACUUGCCUGCACGGAUCGACCGUGUCUGGUAUAUCAACCCUUAUGGCCAAGAGAUUCGCAUGCCGGGCAACCCUCGCGUGUUAGAGUCUCUGAAUAAAUCAGACGCCGUGAUAUACUGCAUAGGCUCGCUAUUUACCUCUCUCAUACCCAACCUUAUCCUGAAGGGUGUUGGUGAGGCCAUCGCAAGCCCGGCUGUUCGCUCCAAGAUUCUACUUCUUAAUGGCACCAUAGAUCGAGAAUCUGGUCCCUCAACAGACCCUCUGAGUGGGUUGGACUUUAUGCGCGCCAUUUGCAACGCCUGUGCGAGUUCGCGUGGGUUGCCACCGCCUAAGGAGGAAGAAUUUUCAACAUACAUUACACACGUUAUACAUAUAGAAGGGCCUACUGCUCCGGUAGUAGACAAGGAAAGGUUACAAAAGCUAGGAAUCGAUGCCAUCCGCAUCUACGGACCAAAGGAUACCAGCGGUCGAGGGCGAUACGAUGCAAACGCGCUUGGCCAGACAUUAGAGACCAUUAUUGGCCGACGAGAUUCACAGACCAGCCGAAGCCGACGAAAUACAUUAGUAGGAUAGCAAGACAAACAGACUUGUAAGAAUAAAGUGUAUUUUCAACACAGAGAAGAACAAAGCUGCCAAACAAAAAUCCGAACGCCGUUAUGCCAACCACCACUAUCACUGUCCAAAGUAAAAUAAUCCUAGUGGCGCUCGACACGAGAGAAUAUUCCUACAUCACCC